AUGUUUUCGGGGAAUUUGAUGAAGUUUUGGCUGGCAUUUCUUGCGCUCAUAUCAUGCGCAAGAGCUGAGAAGUACAUCAAGGCGUCUUCUCUUUUGACAUGCAUGGAGAAUUCGCAAUUCUCAGCAUCUCGUUUUGAAGCAAAGUACACACCAGCUAACCACUCGAUAACGUUUGAUAUAUCGGGAAUCUCCACAAUCAGUGACAAAGUCAAGGCUGAAGUCGAGCUGAUCGUCUACGGAAUUACGAUUCUGACCGAGACCAUAAACCUAUGUUCGCUCAAUUAUAAGACGAUUUGUCCGCUCACGUCUGGCCACAUUGAUGUUGACUCCUCGUAUCAGAUCUCAAGCUCCAUUGUGGAUCAGAUCCCAGGAAUCGGAUUCACGGUGCCAGAUCUGGACGCGACCGUCAAGGUUAUGGUAUAUUCGACUACCAACAACUCCCAGCCUCUGGCGUGUAUUGAGGCUGUUCUUUCGAACGGAAGAUCUGUCCAGACAAAGUACGCUUCAUGGCCAAUUGCUGCCGUGUCCGGGUUUGGCCUUAUCAUCUCGAGUUUUGUCUCGAUCAUGGGCCACUCCUCAACAGCAGCCCAUAUUGCCUCCAACGCGGUGUCCCUGUUCAUCUACUUUCAAUCUUUGGCACUGAUCUCCAUGAUGGCUGUGGCCCGUGUGCCUCCGAUCGCCAUGUCUUGGGCUCAGAAUUUCCAGUGGACCAUGGGAAUCAUCGAAACUGGUUUCAUGCAAAACAUAUUCUUUUGGUUCGUCCAGGCCACAGGCGGUACUUCCACCUCGACAAUCGCAAACAAGUCUGCCUUGUCAAUUUCGGUUCAGAAGUUACUUCGUUUUUCACACCUCUUCAAGCGUGAUGAGGAUGUUGAGAGUGACACAUCUCUUUACACAACUAACGAGUCCGACUCCGAUGUGGGGGACAAAAUUUUGGUCCUGCGCGGAAUCCAGCGUGUUGCAUAUCUUGCCAACAUUGAGAUUUCAAACCUGUUCUUGACAGGAAUCACGUUCUUCCUUAUUAUUGCUCUCUUUCUGUUGGUAAUUCUUUCCUUCUUUAAGGCAUUUGUUGAGCUUCUUAUUCGCACAAACGCGAUUCCCGCAAACAAGUUUCACGGAUACCGCAAGGACUGGACAACUGUUAUCAAGGGAACUCUUUACCGUCUCUAUUUGAUCGCAUUCCCCCAACUUGUACUCCUUUGUUUGUGGGAAUGUACUCGUCACGACUCUGCUGCGUGUGUGGUUGUGGCCAUUGUCAUUUUUGUUGUGGCAGUGCUAUUAUUGUUCCAGGCUGCGAUUCGUCUUCUCUUGAUUGGCUGGAAGUCCACCAAGUACUACAAUAACCCGGCAUACCUGCUUUUUGGAGAUGCGAAACUGUUGAACCGUUUCGGCUUCUUGUACGUUCAGUAUCGUGCUGAUAAGUACUGGUGGCUGUCUGUUUCGCUCUGCUAUGCCCUCAUCAAGUCGCUCAUUGUGGCAGUCUUGCAGACUCAGGGUAAGGCCCAGGCGGUGAUUAUUUUCGUCCUGGAGCUGUUUUACUUCAUAUCGUUGUGUGUGUUCAGGCCGUUCAUGGAUAAGCGUACCAACGUUUUCAACAUCUUGAUCGGACUGAUCAACCUCUUGAACUCUGUGUUCUACCUGUUCUACUCCAACAUCUUCAAGCAACCAUCUGCAGUCUCGUCGAUUGCCGCCGUGGUUUACUUUGUGCUCAAUGCUGUGUUUGCGCUGGUGCUGUUGAUAUUUACGAUUGUGACGUGUGUACUCGCAUUGGUCCGUAAGAACCCAGACACGCGCUACCAGCCAAUGCGUGACGACCGUGUGUCCUUCUUGCCACACAAUGACUCUGAGAAAAAGGAACCAGACUUUGAGCUUGCUGCUCUCGGUGCAACUGCUAUGCGUGGCCACGAUCGCGACUCAAUGCUCGUGGACCAGGCAGCUCUUGGUUCGUCGGAGGACUCAUCUACUCACCAGCUUUUUGCUGAGCGCCAAGUUAGUGAUGUUUCCUCUGUGGCUGCUCGUCCCGUCGAGCCAUCCAGUGCCGUUUUGGGUGACAGCUACAGUCGCCAGGCCGCUCCCUUUGAGGACUCAACCACAUACGACUACAACCGUGGUUAUGGAAAGGAUGUGCGGUGGAUAUGA